AUAUUAUCGAGCAUUGAAGCAGCACGACGUGACUAACUUGCAACUGAGAGAAAAACACACUGCCAAUGCACAAAACAGUGUGGGAGGAAGAGGUGGCCCCUCACCCUGACCCUCACACUGCAAUUCAGCCAUGGGAUUCUUUAGCCAGAAUGCUGUAUUCGCUGGAGUCUUGGCCAUUGCUUUUCUCUCACAUUUCAUACUUUUCAAUGUAUACGAGAAGAGGAGGAGCAAGAAGAGGAGUGUGGCAGAUGGAGUAAUUGGUGCCAUUGGCAACACUCCACUCAUCAAAAUUAAGAGCUUGUCCAAUGCUACGGGCUGCGAGAUUCUUGCUAAGGCAGAGUUUUUGAACCCUGGAGGAAGUGUUAAAGAUAGAGUAGCAGCAAAAAUAAUUCAAGAGGCUUUGCAAUCUGGAGAACUUGUUAAAGGAGGAGUUAUAACAGAGGGUAGUGCUGGAAGUACAGCAGUCAGCCUUGCCACUGUAGCUCCAGCGUAUGGAUGCAAAUGUCACGUUGUCAUUCCAGAUGAUGCUGCUAUUGAAAAGGCCCAAAUCUUGGAAGCACUUGGUGCUACUGUGGAAAGAGUGAGACCUGUCUCCAUCACUCAUAAAGAUCAUUUUGUAAAUGUUGCAAGGAGGAGAGCUAUGGAAGCCACAAUCUGUGCCAAUGAAAAAGAAGUGAAGCCAUGCAAAAAUGAAAACCUCAUGGGGAGUUCUGAUAGCUUCAAUGACUUUUAUGAUAAAGUUGAAUCUGAAUUAUAUAAGACUGUCAAUGGCCAAAUCCUGGUUGACCAUAGCAAAUUGGUUAAAGAGAGUUCAGAUUCUAGCACUAAUUUCUCUGGAAAUGAGAGUAAGGGAGGAUAUUUUGCAGAUCAAUUUGAGAAUCUUGCUAAUUUCCGGGCACAUUAUGAAGGCACUGGUCCUGAGAUCUGGGAGCAGACGGGUGGCAGUCUGCAUGCUUUUGUUGCUGCGGCAGGCACUGGUGGCACACUUGCUGGCAUUUCUUGCUUUCUUAAGGAUAAAGUCUCUGAUAUCAAGUGUUUCUUGAUUGAUCCUCCUGGUUCUGGCCUAUUUAAUAAGGUUACACGAGGGGUCAUGUAUACACGUGAAGAGGCAGAGGGUAAACGGUUGAAGAAUCCAUUUGACACCAUAACAGAGGGUAUUGGUAUUAAUAGAGUAACUCGAAACUUUCAGAUGGCAAGGUUAGAUGGAGCUUUCCGAGGCACAGAUAUGGAGGCGGUUGAGAUGUCUAGAUUUCUCUUGAAGAAUGAUGGUUUAUUUGUUGGAAGCUCCUCUGCUAUGAACUGUGUUGGGGCUGUCCGAGUAGCACGUCUUUUAGGUCCUGGCCACACUAUAGUUACAAUUUUGUGUGACAGUGGGAUGAGACAUCUAAGCAAAUUCUACAAUCCCCAGUAUUUAUCUGCUCAUAACCUUACACCUUGUGCAUCAGGGCUAGAGUUCCUAGGUAAUACAUGACAAUAGACACAAUAUAAUAGCUUAGUUAUGAAAACACUAAUAACCUACUUAAGUUGAUCUUUAAAGUGUUGCCUCUGAGUUGGACUGCCUAGUCUUGUUACUCGCCAGGACAAUGCAUGCAUUGCAUUUAGAAAGUUGUUAUAGAAGAAGCCUGGAGAAAAAGAAAAAUAUACAUCUGAAAUGAAAUUAAUCUUUGAUCGAUGAUCUUGGGUGAUUAAAUAUCAAUAUAAAUUCAUUGACUUUCUUUUA